AUUGCGUCACAGCGAAUAAGCUCAGUGGAUCUCUCGUGCUGCAGCCUGGAGGAUCUGCCGGCCAACCUGUUCUAUAGCCAGGACCUCACUCAUCUCAAUUUGAAGCAGAACUUCCUGAGGUCGAGCCCUAGUUCAUCAAAAAUCAAAGGACUUAAUGAACUGCAAAGGUUCAGCAAGCUGAAGAGCCUUAACCUUUCCAACAAUCACUUAGGAGACUUUCCUUUGGCAGUGUGCAACAUUCCAACCCUGUCUGAGCUCAACGUCUCCUGCAACGCACUCCGAAGUAUUCCAGCAGCCGUCGGUGAUAUGAACAAUUUACAGACCUUCUUGCUGGAUGGCAACUUCCUCCAGAGCCUUCCUGCGGAGUUGGAAAGGAUGCACCAGCUUAGCUACCUGGGUCUUUCUUUCAACGAAUUCUCUAACAUUCCAGAAGUCAUUGAGAAGCUGUCGGCCAUGGAGAAGCUCUGCAUGUCUGGAAACUGCAUGGAGGCACUCAGUUUGGAGACGCUAAGGAGAAUGCCACACAUUAAACACAUAGAUUUAAGGCUAAAUGCAAUCAGAAGGUUGGUGUCAGAUAAUUCUGACUUCCUGCAUCACGUGACCCAGCUUGACCUUCGGGACAAUAAACUGGGCAGUCUUGACGCCACCAUCUUCAAUAACGUUGAAAUACUGCACUGUGAAAGAAACCAGCUGGUAACCCUCAAAAUCAGUGGAUACUUGCUGAAAGCUCUCUACGCCACUUCAAAUGGUCUGUGGUGCAUGAAUCUUCUCCCCUCCCCCUCGAGGAUUGUGUUUCUAUCACUCUGCAGAAACCACCUUGAGAGUCUUCCUGAAUGGGUUUGCGAUAGUCGGAAGCUAGAAGUCCUUGAUAUGGGCCACAAUCAGAUUCGUGAGCUGCCUGCCCGGUUAUUUUGCAAUAUCAGCUUGCGGAAGUUGCUUGCAGGACAUAAUCAAUUAGCAAGACUGCCAGAAAGGAUCGAGCGGACGCACGUGGAGGUCCUCGAUGUGCAACACAACCUGCUAACGGAGCUGCCAUCCAACCUUCUGCUGAAAGCUGACAGCUUGAGGUACCUGAAUGCUUCUGCCAACAAAUUGGAAAUGCUCCCUCCGGCCACUCUUUCAGAUGAGACCCGCAGCAUUUUGCAAGAACUGUAUUUGACCAACAAUCACCUCACAGAUAAAUGCGUGCCCUUGUUAACGGGACACCCCCAUCUAAAGAUCUUGCAUAUGGCCUACAAUCGCCUCCAGAGCUUUCCUGCAAGUAAAAUGGCCAAACUUGAAGAACUGGAAGAAAUUGACGUGAGCGGAAAUAAACUGAAAUCCAUUCCCACCACCAUCAUGAACUGCCGACGCAUGCAUACUGUGAUUGCGCACUCCAAUUGUAUCGAAGUCUUUCCGGAAGUCAUGCAACUCGCUGAAAUCAAGUGCGUGGAUCUGAGCUGCAACGAGCUGACUGAAGUCACGUUACCCGAAAACUUGCCUCCAAAGCUGCAGGAACUAGACCUGACUGGAAACCCCAGACUCGUCCUGGAUCACAAGACCCUGGAGCUAUUGAACAACAUCCGUUGUUUCAAGAUCGACCAGCCAUCAGCCGGGGACGCAUCUGGAGCGCCAGCCGUGUGGAGCCACGGGUUCACCGAAGCGUCAGGGGUGAAGAACAAGCUCUGCGUGGCCGCCCUUUCCGCCAACAACUUCUGCGAGAACAGGGAGGCCCUCUACGGAGUCUUUGACGGAGACCGUAACGUGGAAGUCCCUUACCUGCUCCAGUGUACCAUGAGUGACAUCUUGGCGGAGGAGCUGCAGAAAACAAAGAACGAAGAGGAGUACAUGAUCAACACGUUCAUCGUCAUGCAGAGGAAACUUGGAACUGCCGGACAGAAGCUUGGCGGCUCCGCUGUCCUUUGCCACAUAAAGCACGAUCCGAUAGACCCCGGUGGAUGCUUCACCUUGACCUCCGCAAACGUGGGGAGAUGCCAGUCUGUUCUCUGCAGGAACGGGAAACCUCUGCCUUUGUCCAGGUCUUACACGAUGAACUGUGAAGAGGAGCUAAAGAGGAUCAAACAGCAUAAGGCCAUUAUCACAGAGGACGGCAAAGUGAACGGCGUGACAGACUCCACCAGGAUUCUGGGAUACACCUUCCUCCACCCGAGCGUGAUCCCUCGCCCUCACGUGCAGUCCAUCACGUUGACUCCUCAGGACGAGUUCUUCAUCCUGGGGAGCAAAGGCCUGUGGGACAGCCUCUCCAUCGACGAGGCCGUGGAAGCCGUCCGGAACGUGCCCGAGGCUCUGGGGGCGGCGAAGAAACUCUGCACGCUGGCUCAGAGCUACGGCUGCAACGAUAGCCUCAGCGCCGUGGUGGUCCAGCUCAACGUCACCGAGGACAGCUUCUGCUGCUGUGAGCUCAACGGGGUUCCUCCCCCCAGUCCGGGUAUCUUCCCCCAGUCGGUCAAUGUCGUCAUUAAAGACAAGCCUCCCGAUGCUUUGGGGAUGCCGUCCUCGAGUAGCGGGAUGGCCUCCGAGAUCAGCAGCGAGAUCUCGACCUCUGAAAUGAGCAGCGAGGUGGGGUCCACGGCGUCCGACGAGCCCCCUCCGGUAACCUUGAACGAAAACAGCCCGGCCUUCCCUAGCGAACAGCGCUGCAUGCUCCACCCGGUCUGCCUCUCAAACUCUUUCCAAAGGCAGCUGUCCAGCGCGACCUUUUCCAGCGCUUUCUCGGACAACGGCCUCGACAGCGACGACGAGGAGCCGAUCGAGGGUGUCUUCUCCAACGGCAGCCGCGUGGAAGUGGAGGUGGACAUCCACUGCGGCCGGGCCAAGGAGAAGCUGCUGCUGCUGCAGGUGCCCGCGGAGGCCAGCGACGAGGGCAUCGUCAUCAGCGCCAACGAAGACGAGACGUGCCUCCUGAGGAGGGCCGACCUGGCUGCCAUGGGGACCAUGGGGCGCCGCCGAGGCAACGGCUCUGUGGCUCCUCAGGAGAGGAGCCACAACCUCAUCGAAGUCGCCGCCGAUGCGCCCCUCAGGAAAACGGGGGGUUACUUUGCCGCCCCAGCUCAGCCUGAUCCGGACGAUCAGUUUAUCAUCCCUCCUGAGCUCGAGGAGGAGGUGAAGGAGAUAAUGAAACAACACCAUGAGCAACAACAGCAGCAACAACAGCAGCAACAACAGCAGCAACAGCAGCAGCAGCAUCAACAGCAGCAUCAACAGCGGCAAUACCACAUCGACCAGCUGCCAGAUUAUUACGACACCCCACUAUGACACAGCUUGCUGAAGUGAGUUCAGGAGACAUUGUAAGCGGGAGCCUCCUAGGUUCACCUUACGCUCGCCGGGUGCGGGAGGAAGGAAUGUUGCCCCCCACCGCCUCCUCCUGGCCACGCGCCCCCCCCCUCUACUGAGAACUGCAGCUGCUUCUUCUUCUGUUGGCUCUAAUAAUCACCGAUUCUCUUUCUAGUGAUAACUCCACCAGUUAGAAUUAAACUAGUCUAACUCUUUUCCCCUCCCCCCACCCUUUAACAUAUCAAAUGUUUUAAAAAGAAAAACGGAGGGGGGGGUGGAAAUUAAGAAGUACAAAAGGUUUAAUAUAUUGCAGAGAGAAACGGAUGACGACACUGAUGUAAUAUUUUUUAAAAUCGUUUCU